CGGUUCCUCAGAGAACAGGCCCUUGGUCGUCAUCGCAGCACCAUGGAUCGAUUUCGAAUGAUUUUCCAGUACUUCCAGACCAAUUCAGAGUCAGUAACAAAUGGGAUCUGUGGGCUGCUCGCACUGGCAAGUGUAAAGAUUUACACCUCCUUUGAGUUCAACUGCCCUUGCCUUGCUAAAUAUAAUAUGGCCUAUGGCUUGGGAAUCAUGUUCAUCCCUCCGGUGGCACUCUUUCUCUGUGGUCUUAUUGUCAACAGGCAGUUUAUGGUGAUGCUUGAAGAAUGGAAAAGACCAACUGGUGACAGGAAGAAGAAUAUGGCUAUUAUCAGGUACAUGUGUUCUUCUGUCUUACAACGGGCCAUGAUUGCACCCGUUGUCUGGAUCAUAGUCACCCUCCUCGAUGGAAAAUGUUUUGUCUGUGCUUUCAGCAUUUCCACUGACCCUGAUAAAUUUCCAGAUUUUGCUACAAACAUCACCUCUUACGAUGAGAUACAACGCUUGCUCUCAAAAGUCCCAUGCAAAGAUGAUGCACUCUGGAGGAACAACACUUCCCGCAAGGCAAUAUCAAGAUACAUCAGAUGCUGGUCACAGGCUUUGGGAUGGAGUAUACUGUUGACUCUCAUUGUGAUAGCCUUCCUGGCCCGUUCUCUGAGGCCCUGCUUUGAUCAAGCUGCCUUCUUCCAGACUCGCUACUGGAGCAGUUACAUUGAUAUGGAACAAAAGAUAUUUGAUGAAUCCUGCUGUGAACACGCCCGGGACUUUGCACACAAGUGCAUCCUCCAUUUCUUUGAGAGCAUGCAGAAACAAAUCAGAUUAAGGCGGUUCAAUGCCUGCACAGAAGACAAAGAGGGCAAAGAAGGGGAAGAAGAUCAUUUGAGGGGGAUCACCAGUGAGGAGCAAAUGAACAAGGUUCUUCGGUCAUGGUACUACAGCAAACCUCCACUGGACCUGAACCGAGCAACACAACGUCAAUUUAUAGGUACAGAAAGGACACCCCUACCUUUGGGAGGCAGUAUGAUCAACCAGUGGAACACUGUUACAAAGCAAACAGAUGUUUAA